AUGGAUUAAAACGAAGAUUUCUACGUCAGAUAUUACGUAGGCCAUAAAGGUCAAUACGGUCAUGAAUUCUUAGAAUUUGAAUUCAGAAAAGAUGGAAGACUUAGAUAUGCCAAUAAUUCUAAUUAUAAAAGCGAUAAAUUGAUUAGAAAAGAAGUUUAUGUUAAUGACAUAGUUUUGUAAGUUUUAAAAAGAAUCAUAGAUGACAGUGAAAUUUUGAAAGAAGAUGACAGCAACUGGCCAAGAUCAGAUAAAAAUGGCAGAUAAGAACUUGAAAUUAAAUUAGGAAAAACCCAUAUUAGUUUUUCAACUAGCAAGAUAGGAUCUCUAAGUGACAUUAAAGGAAGCAAGGAUGCAGAUGGUCUUGCAAUAUUUUUCUAUCUCAUUCAAGAUUUAAAGGCUUUAGUUUUUUCAUUAAUAGGUCUUCAUUUCAGAAUCAAACCAGUAUGA